UCAGCGACAAACAGACACACGAAGGACGAAGCACAUACCGUAUCUUUCUCUUUCUCUCUCUUCAAGGGAGUGUUUCCCUCACAAGCUCUCUUUCUCUGUCUCACAAUUUUUCUCCCUCGAUCUCUCUCUCUCUCUCUGACCUGAAUCUGCAUCCCCGCGCAAGGCUUCUUCUCCUUCUCUCAUCAGAAUCUCUGUUUACGCCCGUAUGCGCAUAUUUGGCUCUGCUUUGCUGCAAAUCUAUUAUUUUGAGGAGAGACAAAUGCCUAGUAGAUGAAUCUUAGCUCCUCGAGAGUACUAAUUGUGGAAUCCAUUUGAAGAAUGUGUUUGAUCUGUGCUUGAAAGAUUAGUGACUACCGAUACCAAUACCAAUUUAUAGGGUGAUGAACUGAGGAUUGUGGAAAACUGGAUGUGAUUAUAUUGGUGUAAUCCAGAAAAGGGUUUGGCUAUGGGAUCUAUGAACAUAGAGAAGAAGAAAUGGGUUCUUCCUCUCGCUAUAAGCUCCCUUUUUUGUGUUUUCCUUAUGGUAACCUCAUUCAACAUGGGCCUUAUUUCAUCAUUACGGAGAAUCAAUUCGAUCAUCUCUAUUUUCCCACCUAAUAGUUUGCGGAAUCAAACAAGCCCAGUUUUUGCUGAGACCAAGGUUGUCAAUAGUCCAACUCCUGCUCCAAAGCCAUCUAUUGCUCGCUUCGGUUACCUGGUUUCUGGGUCAAAAGGUGAUUUGGACAAGCUUUGGAGGACUCUUCGAGCACUUUAUCAUCCAUUGAAUCAAUAUGUUUUGCAUCUGGACCUGGAAUCAUCUAUAGAGGAGAGACUGGAGCUUGCAGAUCGAGUUGAGAAAGACCCAGUUUUUGCCAAGGUUGGGAAUGUUUACAUGGUUACGAAAGCUAAUAUGGUUACUUAUAGAGGACCCACCAUGGUGGCCAAUACUCUUCAUGCUUGUGCCAUUCUUCUGAAGAGAAGUAAGGAUUGGGAUUGGUUUAUUAACCUCAGUGCUUCAGAUUAUCCUCUGGUUACGCAAGAUGAUCUUCUUUACACUUUUUCCGAAUUAGAUCGAAACUGGAAUUUCAUUGAGCACACAAACAAUCUAGGUUGGAAGGAGAACCUGAGAGCAAUGCCUUUGAUUGUAGAUCCCGGACUUUACCAUUCAAAAAAGCAAGAUUUAUUUUGGGUCACACCAGAUAGAACUUUACCAACAUCUUUUAAAUUGUUCACUGGUUCAGCAUGGAUGAUUCUGUCGCGAUCAUUUGUGGAAUAUAUGAUAUGGGGUUGGGAUAACCUUCCUAGAACCCUACUUAUGUACUACACAAAUUUCUUGUCGUCUCCUGAAGGAUACUUUCAGACAGUCGUAUGCAAUGUCCCGGAGUAUGUGCGCACUGCAGUCAACCAUGAUAUGCACUACAUCGCUUGGGAUAACCCCCCAAAACAGCACCCGCUCUCCCUCACUGUUAACGACACUGCCAACAUGAUUUCUAGUGGCGCUGCCUUUGCACGUAAGUUUAAGAAAGACGAUCCUGUGCUGGAUAAGAUUGACAGGGAAUACCUCCGUCGGAGAAAUGGAAGCUUUACACCUGGUGGUUGGUGUGCUGGUAAGCCCCGGUGUUCGAGAGUUCGGGAUCCUGAAAACCUUAAACCAGGUGUUGGAGCUCGAAGGCUUCGUAAUCUCAUAGAUAAAUUACUUACUGCAGCCAAGUCUGGUCAAAACCAGUGCAAUAGUUAGUUAAAACCAUUGUAAUUAGACUUUGUUGGACCAUUGCUGCCGGGGGGGUGGAGAAAGGCUAAUGCACAAUAGCAAGUGCAAUCACAAGCUGAAGAGUUGAUAGGAACUAUUAGAUAUUUUUUUGUUUGUUUGUUUUCUUUUUUUUUUUUUUUUUAAAUAUACAGAUUUGAGCGGGGUGGGGAUAAUGGUACCAUUAUUUUCUCUGAUCUAGUCUAUCAAAUUAAUAAGGCUUCUGUAGUUUCUUCUUGUUAUGAUCCAUACAUACGGUUCAGAUAAUUCUUUGGCUUGGUUCUCUCUGUGUUAUGCAAAUUUAUAUCUUAA